UCCUCUUGUCAACCGGCCACAAACAGACGAAGAAGACUACCAAGAUGGCGGCGCCCUACAGUUAUACACGGACUUUGAGGAUGGUUGAGUAAAUUAGCAUCUGACAUUCAAAUCAAACAUUAGAUAUACAACGUUCUGCAAUAUGUUUACAGAAAGCGCUCAGCGCCUUAGGUCCGCUGUCCCUUUGUUGGCACAAACGACUUUAUUGAACGAGACGAGGAACAGUGUAAAACAUGGCGCGGCUCUGAGUCGCGUCCACGGGCGACGCCACUUCAAUGUCAGCCCCUGCUUAUCCGUGAGGUACAUUCUGGAUAAAGUACGGACGGAGAAACCGCAGCCCCAUGUGAAGGUUGAAAUCCCCGGGUUGGAGCGCAUCACAUACGCCGACAGAAUGCACUACAUCCCCGGGUUGUCGAAGCCCAAGUUCCCGACAUGGGAGCGGAGCUAUAAAGAUCAACAGCACUACAAAUGCCCUAAAGCAGAAGACAUGCCGCUGUACAAGAAAAAGCCGUGCUAUGUAUUUCACCAAAGGACGAAUGUAGUUGAAGGAGUCAAACAAGCCCUGUGGCUGACCAAGUCCAAGAUGAUCAAGGGCCUGCCUGCACAAGUACUGUCAUUGGCCGAUGACCCAGCCAAUCAGAUACCGAACCAGGACGAGAUGGUGCAGAACGCGAUCAAACACUCCCGGUUCUGGGACACGACCGAGCAACGGCCCCCGAGACAGAAGUUCUGUCUGUCUCUGAUGCGUAACCUGCUGCACCUGUGUGGAGGCCUCCAGGUGAGGCACCCUGCUCUGGGCAGGAGGAUCCUGGCUGAGAAGUAUAGCCCUGUGGCCACCUGGAGCAGAGGUGAGGAGUUGUUCCAGGUAAGAGGUCAAAACGGACUGCUUUCGAGCAGCACGGCUCCUCUCCCAGUGCUUGCUGGGAAGGAGGAGGUCCAGGGUACUGUCGACCACACCCUGGAGACGUUCUACCCCCUCUCCCCCACCAUCGACCUGUCCAUCAUCCACCUGUACCAGGAGUCCAACCACACAGGCUUCAGGGGGGACUACCCUUACCCACACCCCCACACCCUGUUCUUCAUGGAGGACGGCAGCACAGUCAAGCUCCUCGCAGAUCAGCUCAGAGCCAAGAUGAUCAUGUUCGCCUUCGGCAAUGCCCUAGCACGCGCCCACGCGCUCUACGGGAGCGAGGCAGGGGAGCUGGACAGGCCGGUGGUUGUCCAGGCUGUGGGCUCUAACGGUAGGAUGUUCCAGUACGUGAUCCUGCAGCUCAACACCACCUCGCUGCAGAGUGACCACGGAGCCAAGAACCUGGUGUGGGUGGAGGAGGACCAGGAGCUGUACGACUACGCCAAGAUCAGGCCCCUCAUACGCAAGAAGGUGGUGCAGGUGCCGGCUGGCCUGAGUGGCUACCAACCAGAGACCUUCCGGAAGUUUCUCUCCCUCUAUUUACACGGAGCUGUGUGAGGUACACAGCAACAUAAACAACAAAGAUUCAUUAUUAUUAUCUGUUUAGGACUUCCUUUUUACUGUUGUUCCUGUCUGUACCAUGCGUCAAUAAACGAGAUAUUUCAUCCGCCUUCA